AUGUUCAAGAAGAAACCCGAGAUCAAGAACCUGGCGCCCUUGCGCUCCUCAGACCGUCGCAAGCUCGCUGAUCAGAUCAUUCGCGACUAUCAGAUUCCGGUCCCUCAGUCAUCAGCUGAGGAUGAUACGUCAUCAGGCGCACAACAAACGCUCUCUUCUCUACGCAACUCUCUCCUCCCAGAGUCUACCUCCUCUGCGCGGUUUACGACAUCCUCUGGACCUAACCUGGCUCAAAUAAGUGGCACCAUCUAUGUUGGUGCAUCCCCCGGGCAGGAUGAGAGGAUACUUUGGUUCCAGCUUGGGAAGAACCCAAAGCUAAUUCCGACCGUUUAUACACUCUGGCAUAACCCCAAUAUUGUGCCGCUGCUACACACACCGGACUUUGUCGUUGAAGAGAAGCUCACCCAUGGCUCCGACUUGAUGAUACCUGGCCUCAUCAAGGCACCCAGCGUUGAGUGGGACUCGAGGGCGAAAAUAGGUUCCGUCGUCGCUGUCGCUGGUAUGCAGAAGGAUACGGUGCCUUUGUGGAUUGGAACAUGUCAGGUCGACAUAUGCAACCUACCACCGAGCGUCAGAGGGCAGAAGGGUGUUGCGGUAAAAGCACUGCACUGGGCAGGGGACGAAGUUUGGAGCUGGAGGCCACUGGGAAGUGGAGGACAGGCUCCGCCGGAAAGCAUCGAGGGUUGGCCAGGUUUGACAGCACAGCUUGUCGAAGGAGUUGAACAGCUGUCCGUGGAGGACAACGAGAACGACGGACAUGAAGCGGACGACGGAGCACCAGUUGAGGAAAGCCCCAAGGACGACAGGGAGACAGCAGAGGAGGAAGAGUAUGAACCCACGACAAAGGAGAUCGACGAGGCAUUCCAAAAAGCCUUCCUCUACGCUAUCCACAAAGCCAAGGCGGAAAACUCAGGCCCCAAGUUUGGCUUUGUGUUCCCUAUCCAACCCUCGUUUCUCAUCUCCAACAUGAUCCAGCCAUAUCUCCGAUCCCAGAAUCCACAGUACUACAUCAUCAAGAAGACGUCGUGGAAGAAUGCCAAGAAAUUCAUCAAGCAUCUGGACAAGCUGGGCUUGGUCAAGUCUAAGGACAGGAAUGGUGGAGAGACGGUUAUUCUCGACAUCGACUUUGACGACGAGCUUGUCACUGGAUUCAGGCCUUACAAUUUGCCGAAGCCUAAGCCAGCGGGCUCUGAACCAACAAAGACGGGAGAGCAGAGCAGUGGACAAGCCUCGUCCUCUGCCGAUGUGUCUUUGGGACAGACAAUCACGAUCCAAAACGUCUACCGCUUGUCCCCUAAGCUUGUGCCGACAUUGCUCCCAUCCAAGACGGAAUUCUACACCGCGCAGCAAGUCUCGGCCGCUCUCAAGUCAUACAUCGAGCAACGGCCAGAACUGGGAGGGCAAGGGUCGUCGACCAUCAAGCUGGACCCGUUCCUCGCGAACAACAUUCUGGGAUCCAAUCCGAGCCACGAUGACAGCCAAGCGCUCGCAUCAGGACGCAUCUCCAGAAGUGCCUUGCAGAAGCGGGUGCUGGAAGACUCUCAUCUCUGUCAGCCUUUCUACGUCAUAAAGCGAAAAGAUUCCGCGUCCGAACAAAAGCCCAAGGCAGGACAUCCGCCUCAUGUUCUCGUCACGAUCGAAAAGCGAACAGGUACCAAGGUUGUCACCAAGAUUUCCAACCUCGAGCCCUUCUUCAUCGAUCCGCAGCUGCUGGCCCCCGAGCUGCAGAAGAAAUGCGCUGGGUCAGCAAGCGUCGGGCAAGCCAGCGGCUCCAAGCCCGGUCUGUUGGAAAUCGUCGUGCAGGGAGAUCAGCGAAAAAUUCUCGUGGGAGAAAUUCUGCCCAAGAGGGGGAUCGAUGCCAAGUGGGUGGAUGUGGUGGACAAGACAAAGGCGAAGAAGAAAAAGUGA